AUGAAUUCAUUUAUCCAACAUCAAUUUAUUCUCUUACGUCACGAAAUACUCGGUCAGCCAACACCUUCACAAUCACAAGCAGCUUCAAGAGCAGCUACAGCUGAUGUUGAUAACGAUCAAACGGACGUUACGGCAGAAACUACUUCUCGAGAGUUAGUCAAAAAGAUUCAGAAAAAGCCAAUCAAUUAUGUAGAUCGAUUAUUCCUUCACUAUACACAUGAAAAACGAUUUGAACCAUUUAAAAGAAACAUGCAGCGAGUCUAUCAGAACGUCUUCAAAAUACACCAGCUAUGGAUCUUCGAUUAAUUGUAGGUAAUCGUAAUCGUCGUGAUGCAAAAAUGAACUUAUACGAAAACGUCCAAAGCGAUCACUACUACAAUGCAAACAAAUACAAAAUAAAUACAAGAAAAUGUUAGGUAAAUUAUUAUCUUAAUAGGUAUCUAUGUUUGAAUGUAUUUUACUUCGAACGACGAAAACAAAACAAGAAAUCUGGUACUACUAAUGUUCAAACUAAUAAUACAUAAGAAAUAUUCACAAAAAACUUAUUAACUACUACGAACAAUAAUGAAUAAAAUAUAUCAUAAUCAAGCAAUGAUUUAAUUCAUUUUAUUUACUUGCAUGCUUUUCUCUAUUGGGUUUUAUAUACUAGCAUGAUUUUUGUUUGCAUUAUACUUCAGAUGAUAUAAUUCAUUUACAUUUUUUUUAAUUCAUUUUAAUGUUCUGAUACUAAAUAUUAAUUAUAUUAUUCGUCUUUUUCUAGAUAUAUCUUGUGCAGAUCAUAUACUCUACUAAUUAAUUUCUACAAGAACUGUCCCUGGGAACAGAUAUAUUGACCAAAUCAAACAUGUGUAACAGAAGAUCAUCU